UCCUGUUGCUGCUGCUCCUGCUUCUCGGCUUCCUCGGCUUCCCGGGGCCGUUGCCACCCGCAGGUGACCGAGUCCCUGGGGAGCUGUCCUCUCUCCGCCUGCAUCCCCGACCCUCUCCUCCGCCAGCCAGCUGUCAUUGCUUGCUGCUCACAUUGAACUUGCCUAUAAGAAAGCUUUCUAUCUCCUUUUAAUUUUCGUAAAACAUGGCUGAAGAUUCUCAGAGAAACUUUCGUUCAGUAUAUUAUGAGAAAGUUGGAUUUCGUGGUGUUGAAGAAAAGAAAUCAUUGGAAAUACUCCUCAAAGAUGAUCCUCUGGACAUUGAGAAACUUUGCACAUUUAGUCAGCGGUUCCCUCUCCCAUCCAUGUACCGAGGCUUCGUGUGGAAGGUGCUUUUAGGAAUCCUGCCUCCUCACCAUGAAUCUCAUGCUCAGGUCAUGAUGUGCCGGAAGGAGCAGUACACAGAUGUCCUGCAUGCCCUGAAAGUCAUUCGUUUUGUCAGUGACUCCACUCCACAGGUGGAUGUCUACCUGCGCAUGCAUCAGCUAGAAUCUGGAAAGUUGCCUCGAAGUCCUUCCUUUCCGCUGGAACCAGAAGAUGAAAUAUUUCUUGCCAUUGCCAAAGCCAUGGAAGAGAUGGUUGAAGAUAAUGUUGACUGUUAUUGGCUCAUCAGAUGCUUUGUGAACCAAUUAAAUAACAAGUUUCGGGAUUCCUUACCCCAGCUGCCAAAGGCUUUUGAACAGUACUUGAAUCUUGAAGAUAGCCGUCUCCUGAAUCAUAUGAAGACGUGCUCUGCGGUGACCAAACUGCCUUACGAUCUCUGGUUUCAGAAGUGCUUUGCAGGUUGUUUACCUGAAUCCAGUUUACAGAGAGUUUGGGACAAAGUUAUAAGUGGUUCCUGCAAGAUCCUAGUUUUCGUUGCUGUGGAAAUUUUAUUAACUUUUAAAAUAAAAGUAAUGGCAUUGAACAGCGCUGAAAAAAUCACAAAGUUUUUGGAAAAUAUCCCUCAGGACAGUUCAGAUGCGAUUGUGAGCAAAGCCAUCGAUCUGUGGCAUAAACACUGUGGGACUCCAGUGCAUUCCAUGUGAGCCCUUUCCCACCUUUUAAACAUCAACGUGGUGCACUCUGACAGAACACAUGCUUUUCAGAGGCUAACUACAGUCCACUGUAAACAUUCUCCUGAUCAAACUAAAAAUGCUUUGGGAUUUGUUU